AUAAUAAUAAUAACAACAACAAAUUACAGCAAGAGCCAAGGACACACAUACAUUGACACGACUGGCACAAGAGGGAUAGAAAGAGUGGGAGAGCGAGCAAAGAUAGAAAGAAAAAAAGGUUCGACUGCUCUCACUUACCGAAAGGAAGAACACACAACUGAAAGUGAAGUGAAAUAAGCAACAACACAAGCAGCAACAGUAACAAUAACUGAUAUGGAUCGUUACGAUAUGGAGGAUGUUGUUGUUGCACCACCGGCCGAACACGACGGCACCUCGCCAUUAAAGGAAUGGCGCCUCAAAUUCCAGGCUGGCACAUUGACACGCAACGAUAUCAUCUGGUACAUAAAGACGGAAGCGCCCAACUAUUUCGGUUUCCUAACUGUAAUGGAAACAGAUGGACCAACUUUGAAAUGCAUGUUCAAAGAGUCAUUGGCCAAGGAGGAGAUCAUCGACGUCAUUGUCGAGUUCAUGUUGAACGAGAAUCCGGUGACGGCACUCGAGAAGCUCCGAAUGGAGGGCAACACGGCCACCGUUUGUGGCAAGGUGUUCAAAAACGGUGAGCCCACCUACAGCUGCCGCGAAUGUGGCGUCGAUCCGACCUGUGUGCUCUGCGUCAAUUGCUUUAAGCGUUCGGCGCAUCGCUUUCACAAAUAUAAAAUGUCCAGUUCCGGUGGCGGUGGCUGUUGCGAUUGCGGUGACGAUGAGGCCUGGAAGCGUGAUCAAUACUGUGAACUGCAUCUGGCGAACAGCAAGAAUCCGUUCGAGAGCGAAAUCAUAACCAGUGCCGUACUGGAACGAGCCGAAAUUUGUUUUAGCGCCAUUUUGGCGUUCUGUGUCAACUAUCUGGAGAUUGAGCCGAAUGCGAGUCUACAGUGUUUGGAUGGUGAACUGGAUGGGGCCAGCUUCUGUACGGUGCUGUACAACGAUGAAUCGCACACGUUCGAUCAGGUGAUAAAUACGCUGACAAAGAUCGCCCGGUGCCGUCACAAGGAUGCCAUGGAGAUUGUGGCGGCAAUUGAUCGUGAGGGUCGUGCCGUUGUCAAAUGCGAUACGUUCAAGGAGUGCAAUGACCUCAAAACGGCCAUCGAAAAUCAAAAUAUACCGCCGAACGGCGUGCUAACGAAUGCCCGGCACAGUCCAUCGUUGCGCACCUCGGUGCUGAAUAUUAAUUCGGUGGCAUGCCAACAGUUUGCACUGCAGUUGCUCAGUUGGUUCCAGGAGUUCCUUGUGCGUCACUAUCUAUUCCGUAAGACGUUCGCAUCGCUGGUGCAGCAGAAGAACGAAUCCUACUGCAUACGCCACAUACUCGAAUACGAUGUGAAACUGUGGAAGACGGCACGCACAUGCUGGCAUCGCCUACUCAUCUCUGGCAUGCUCAUGGAGUACGAGAAUAAAGUGGUGUUCGCCCAGGAGUUCUCGCGUCGCUAUGCCAGCAUUGUUGAGGAGUUCAUCAACGAUGAUCACGAUCAUUCGUUCUCGAUCGUAUCGCUGAGCGUUCAACUGUUCACGGUGCCAACGAUUUCGCAUUAUCUGAUCGCCAGAGAGGGCAUCUUUGACAAGUUGCUGCACACGUUCUAUCACGUUGCCAUCGAGAAGUUUAUUCACAAUCGUAAAUUGCAUUUUAGCAAGGAUAUUGCCAGCAUGACGUUCUUCAAGCGUGCCAAUUACAUACUCUACGAUUUGCGUUAUUUGCUCAGCAUCAAGCCGGAAUUGAUCAGUGGUGAUUUGCGCCGCGGUUUCCUUGAAGGCUGUAAGGCUCUGAUGCGUGUGCUGAAUGUGAUGCAGGGCAUGGAGUCGAUAACACGACAAGUUGGCCAACAUAUGGACUAUGAGCCGGAAUGGGAGUGUGCAUUCAAUUUGCACAUCAAGCUGGCCUCAACCAUAUCCCAGGUGAUCGAUUGGGCAUCCAGUGAUGCCAAAUUGUUGCGCAAAUUGUACAAGAUGACGGUGCGGGCGCUGGUGAACAACAGUUUCAUUGUGGGCAGCCAGGAUGUGGAGCCACGCGAAGUCGCCGGUCAUAUUGCCAAUUGUCUACUAUAUGAUGUGUCCAAGCGUCCGGUUUCGAUACACUUGCCGCUGUCACGCUUCUAUGCCGGCAUCUAUCUCCAUUUGGGUGCACACGAUUUGACAUACGACAUGCUGCUCGCCGAGGCGGAGACAAUCAAUCUGAAAUUGACGCCGCGCGAGAUUAUUGAGCCGGUGCUGUGCACCCAAGCCAUGACUGCCCAGGUCGCCGCGGGAAUGUGGCGUCGCAACGGUUACUCGCUGCUGCAUCAGCUCUAUUUCUAUAGAAAUGUUCGGUGUCGCGUCGAGAUGCUGGACAGGGAUAUUGUUUGCCUACAGAUUGGUGCCUCGCUCAUGGAGAGCAAUGAGUUUCUCAUCCAUAUGCUAAACAAAUUUGAUAUGAUCGAAUGGGCACGACCCAAUUACGAUACGGGUCUGCCCCAGAAGUUGGCGGAGGAUGAGCUAAAUCGCCAGAAGGCGAUGACCGAUGAGUUCCUUGAGCUGCUAAUUAUCAUUAUUGGCGAACGCUGGAUGCCGGGCGUAUCAUUUGUCACUGAGGAGGAUCGCCUCCGCAAGGAGAUCAUACAGCUACUGUGCACCAAAUCUUAUUCGCACUCGGAACUGUCGCGUGCUCUGCCAGACUGCAACGGUGGCAGCAAUGACAGCAUCAUCGAGCAUGUCAUCAAAACGGUGGCCACCUUCAAGAAGCCCAUCGGCUCCGAAAGCAAGGGCGUCUAUGAGAUGAAGGAGCAUCUGUACGAUGAGUUCAACGUUUACUUCUAUCACUACACCAAGGAGGACAAGUCCAAGGCCGAGGAGCAACAGCGCGAACGUUGCAAAUUCAAAAAGGAGCUCGUCUGCUGCCCGCCACCAAUGCUGCCACAGCUGACGCCGGCCUUCACCUCCAUGGCAAACAUUUUGCAGUGCAACGUGUUCCUCAGCAUCACCGCAAUUGUCAUGGAUCGUGCGCUGGACUCGCGCAGCCGCUCCUUCACGGAGAGUCAUCUACAGAAGGUGCUGCAUCUGCUGGGCUUUGCCAUUCAGGAGGAGCUCAGCGAGCAUUAUCCGUUCCUCAGCUUCUAUGAGCGAUCGCAGACGUUUAACGUGCUCCAAAAACUGGAGGAGCUCGCGCGUUGUCCAGACCUGGAGGCACAUCACGACUUUGUGCUGUGGACCAUUAAGCGUUUCAAGCAGCUGCAGGCUAAGCAGGCGCCCAACAUUACAUCGACGUCAGCAGCAGCAGCAGCGGCGGCGGCAACAGGAUCAUCAUCAUCAUCAUCAUCGGCAGCUACCUCUUCGAGUGGCACACACGAACAUGGGGGCGCUGAUCAGCCGCUCACAUCCGAGCAGCAGGCACGCCUCGAAAAGGAGAAUCGUUCACGUUUGGCUGCCGAGCGUCGCGCAAAGAUUAUGGCCCAAAUGCAGAAUGCCCAAAAGUCAUUUAUGAAAUCGAAUGCUGAAAUGUUUGCCAGCACCACAGAAGAGGCCACAGCAGCAGCGGCGACAGCAGCAGCGGCGACAGCCUCGAAACCGAGCAGCGAUACACCGAUGGACUGGGAUGAUAUCGCCGAAUCGUUAGAGGAGCAGGGCGCUGCCGCUUUGCUGCCGGAAACAAGCCGAACAGUUGCCUGCCUGGGGGAACGACGACGCCAUUAUGAGGCGGUCGACAUCAGAUUUAAGUGUAUACUCUGCUUCGAGGACUGCAGCAUCAGCAGCAGUGGACCACCGUUGGUCAGCUCGGCGUUUGUGCAAACAUCGCGUGUGAUUUACACAACGCCCAGCGCGGAGGGUCGACGACCGGCGCUGCACGUUAGUUGCUGCGGUCACGUUAUGCACUAUAUCUGCUGGAAGGAGUACUACAGCAGCGAGGAGUCCAAGGAGUUGCGACGCCCGCAACGGAAUCGGGUGCCGCUCAACCAGGCACAAAACGUUGAGUUCCAUUGCCCCUAUUGUCGCACCCUCAGCAACACUGUGCUGCCCGUCAGCGAUGCGUUGCAAAAGUUCUCGCCACCGUCGGUGCCAACGUCUGGGAACUUUAUGCCGCUGGACAACUUUGUGGAGACGCUGCGCAUGGCCAGCGAGCUGGCAUUGGCCGAAAGCGCAACCACCACAAUUGACAACAUGGCGCACUUCGAUCUAAGCGCACAGAUCAUACAAAAGCCGACGCUCCAUGCCAACUUUACGGACGUAGUGGGCUCGUUCCACGGCGCACUCCGCAACGCCAUGCAGAGCCAGCUGCAAGGUCAGCGCUCGAGGGAUUCACCAAAUGCGACCGACAGCGAUUUGGAGACGGUCUCGCUGCUCUGGGACACCUGCUGCUAUACGCUGCAGGCGCUCGAGGUGUAUCAGUAUGCCACACAGAAGCCGCUGAAGGCCGAGAUGCCGAUGCGGCAUCAGAGCUGUGCCAGCUAUUUGGUGCGCGCCUGCGCCCUCUACUCAUCCAAUCUGACAGAGUCGCAGAUUAGUAACCAGAGGAAACAGGGUGUCCAACUGUACGACACCAUUUUCAACCAGAAGGGCAACAGUGUCCUCGAAUGGGACUGUUUCCGCAUGCUCGUCCAGCUCAACUUUACGGUGCCGAACCUCUUGAUUGCCUCUGACGAACGCAAGACGAUGUUACCGUGCGGCAGCAUGUUUGACUUUUACAUACUGCAGACAUGUUUCCUGGCCAACAUGACCAAGGCGAUCAUAUUAUUUGACUUGGAAAAGGAGCAGGCGCGUCGCCGGGACAUCGAUGAGGAGCAGCAGUAUGUCGAUCAGCUGCCAACGAAUAUCAGGGACAACAUGACAACCUUCUACUGUAAUCACAAUCUGGCCUGGCUGAGCUUAUCGCGCCAGCAGAAUGACAGCGAACAGUUAAGCGUGCCCACGACAAUGUUGGCGCAUCUGGUGAAGUACGUCCCACGCCAGAUGAGCUCGUUUCUGCGGUGCGCGUGUCUAUUUUAUCGGUGCAUCACCGAUGUUGAUUUCCCCGAUAGCUUUCCCACUGAUCAGCCGGAUCGCUUUGAGCUGAUGUGCCAGUAUCUGGGCCUGGAUGCCCAGUUGGGCGUUUACUUUGACAUGGAAUCGGUGUAUCCGACAAUUAUGCAGAGCUUCGCCUCGCAUCCGCACAUCAGUGGCCAGUUCCUCGACUGUCAACCGACGGCAUCUUCGCAAUCGAAAUCGCCAACGAUAGUGCCAUGCCAGCGUCCGUUGCCGCAUCUGGUUACGCUCUACGAGGACUACAGUGAUCUCAUCAACAGCGUCUCGGACAUCUUCUGUCCAAACAAUGAGCGCGAGGAGAUGAAAACGCCGACAAUGUGCUUAAUAUGCGGCACCAUGCUCUGCGGCCAGUCAUACUGCUGCCAGCCGGAAUUGGGCAGACAACAGGUCGGCGCAUGUACGCAUCAUGCCCACUUCUGUGGCGCCGAGGUGGGCAUCUUUUUGCGCAUUCGCGACUGUCAGGUUGUGUAUCUGAGCCCGGCGAAGGGAUGCUUCCUGCAGCCACCGUAUCUGGAUGAGUACGGUGAAACGGAUCAGGGAUUGAGACGCGGCAAUCCGCUGCGUCUGUACAAGCCCGCCUACGAUCGCAUCUAUCUGCAGUGGCUGGGACACAAUCUGCACGAGGAGAUCGCCCGUCUCAAUGAGAAUGCGAGUGUGACCGUUACGCAGUGGCAACACAUGUAGUCCGUAGCAUGCAGCUGCGCCCCCAAACAACAAAUUUAACUAACAUAUUAUACAUAAAAUGCAGCAUAGUUCGAUGAUGACAAUUGCAGUUACAGUCAAUGUGAUUAUUACAUACUAAAAUUAGGAGAGCAUAUUAUAAUACGUUUAAGCAUUUUACAACAACUUGUGCUGUGUGCGCCUCAACCACCACAACACUUAUCCGAUCCCCUAACUUACCUACUUACCUAUCCACUAUCCACUACUCACUACCCACUACCCACUCCCCCCUCAUCCCAAUAAUUCAAAUAAUACAGAUUGACACACACACACA